GUUAGUUGGAGCGCUCAUCACUGUUGUAUAAUGCCGCCGUGCGAUGGUGCAGCUGUUUAAAUUCUUGUUAAAAUCCAGCAAAUCUCCCGGUCGUGCCCACUUCCGGCCCAGCUUCCUGGACACCCUGCGUCUGGCGGUUCGCGGCGGGCAUGGUGGCAAUGGGUUGCCGAAGUACGGAGGAGUCGGUGGACAAGGCGGCUGCGUCUACUUGGUGGCCAAGGAGGGUCUAACCCUCAGGAAGGUUAUCCAGGGAUUGAAGGACAAGCGGGUGGCCGCCUCCAGCGGCGAGGACAGCAGCAAGGCUAGCAUUUUUGGACGCCGUGGUGUCGAUCAGAGGAUCGAGGUGCCGGUGGGUGUCCAGGUGUACGACGACCGUCAGAAGCUCAUCGCCGAUCUGGACGAGAACGAGGCCACCUGCAUUGUGGCGGGCGGAGGCACUGGCGGAUGCACGGCCACCAAUUUCCUGGGGCGUCCCGGAGAGAACCGCACUGUGAAUCUGGACCUGAAGCUCAUAGCGGACGUGGGCCUAGUGGGAUUCCCCAAUGCGGGCAAGAGCACGCUUCUCAAGGCCGUUUCCAAUGCCAAGCCCAAGAUUGCGGCAUAUCCCUUUACCACCAUCCGGCCCCAGAUCGGAACCAUCGAGUAUAGUGAUCUGCGCUCCAUCACUGUGGCCGAUCUUCCCGGUCUCAUUGAGGGAGCUCACGCCAACUUCGGCAUGGGCCACAAGUUCCUCAAGCACAUCGAACGCACCCGCCUGCUAGUCUUCAUGGUGGAUAUAUUCGGGUUCCAGUUGAGCCCCCGGCAUCCGCAUCGCGAUUGUUUAGCCAACAUAUAUGCGCUAAACAAGGAAUUGGAGCUCUACGAUCCAGCGCUGCUGGAGAAGCCCAGUGUCCUGCUGCUGAACAAAAUGGAUCGGGAGGGUGCCCACGAGAUCCUAACCAAAGUCAAGCCGGUGAUCAGCGACCUCGGAAGCGGAUUGGCACAAUGUCCCGAGGAACUGCGUCCGAAACAGGUCCUGAAGUUCGAGAGUAUUGUGCCCAUAUCGGCCAUAAACUCCACAAAGGUCAUCCAAGUGAAGUCGCAGCUGAGGCGAACGCUGGUGCGAUUGGCUGAGAAACAGUUUCUGGCGGAUGAGGUGCAGAUCAAGGAUCAGCUAAGACAGCGUGUGGGCCUGGUGGGUCCCAAAAUUACCUAGUUCUAAGUGUAAAUAAAUUUGUUUAUGUUUAAUUGUGUCCGAUAUGAAGAAAUUAAGAUUUAAAGUG